AUGGAGAGUUUCAGAAUUCCCAACUCAACGAGUGAUAUUAACGAAAAGUUGCUCACAAAUAGCGUACGUUCAGAGAUAGAUAUGAAAGCAUCAAACGGAAAACAAGCCGUACCAUCUAACUCCGAAGCUCAUCGUGGUAGCUAUUCAAAUUCCAUCCCAUCCAAUUUUUAUGACAAAUUGUUCGAGGAAGGUAAAGUGUGGACGCAUGGGUAUCUUCACGGACACAUUCAUAAACAUAAGGAUCACACGCAUAUCCAUGGACAUAUACACAACCACGAUCACGACCAUCAUAAUCAGAGUGUACAGGAAAUAGAAACUGUUGAUGAUGGGUCGAGACACUUAGGGGAUGGUUUAGAAACAUGCAAUGAGUUUGACGAUUUUUCGCUAUGUAAAGAUAUAUUCUGUGGUGAAUUAGAUGACUGCUUUUAUUUACAAUGUGAUGGGACCAAGGAGCAAGAGAAAAUUUCAUGUUCGAACGAUUGCGUAACAGAAACCCUAGAACAUAGUGGUAAUCAGGAUGAUACGUUUGAGAAGAAGGAUGGCUGUCAUAGAGAUGAAAUGAAGUGUUGUGAGGAUCCUAGCUGUUUGGAUGAUUCAUCAGACUCGAAGGCCUACACUAUUUGUAAUAAUCCUGCUUGCAUGGAACCCGAGUUGGCCGAUAACUCUUUUGAUUGUUGUAACACAUCAGAGAGUGAAUUAUAUAACCAUGAGAAUAAUUUAUGUGGUCUACAGAUGUCCAAGAAGCCAAUAUUCGAGAACUUGAUCAGUAAGGCUCACGAUAGUUUAGAAAUCAAUGCUGAUACUGCAGAACCCGGCACGAAAAGACAAAGAUUAACGCAGGACAAGAAACCUAGUAAUAAGUACUUUCAAGUACACUUUCCUCAUGUAUGCCAUCCUACACCGGAAAUUCAUGAUGAACUCACCGCCUCUAAUGACCAGAGCGGUUUAGCAACCGAUCACCAUCAUAUACAUCAGUCAUGCUUUCAUGCAUCAAUACCGAACCUUGAUAACCUGGAGGAGAACAUAUCAAAUAACACACCCGACGAGAAACCAAUGUCGGACUUUGAUUUUUUCAUCCAGUUUAAUAAUUUUAAACAUUUGCUUGACUUACCCAAAGAUAAUGGACAAGGGACCAAUAACAAAUUAUCCAUGUUGGAGGAUGCGGAAGUAGGUGAAGCUGGCCAACAGACAGUUACAAACUCUACAUCUCCAACGUAUUCAUGCCAAUGGGAUAAUUGCUUCAAGACGAUCAGCGAUGGAACAAUUAUGAGACAUGUAAUUGACCAGCACAUUGGUCAAGAGUAUAAUAUGAAUGACAGUAUAUCAAAAUCAUCAGACUUUAAACCAUAUCAAUGUGAAUGGAAUGAAUGUAACUAUAUGGAUACUGAUUUGAAUUCAUUAAUAGACCAUUUGAAUUGUCACAAAAGAAACGAAAACUUGUUUGAUGAUAAUAUUAAUAUGCUAACUCCUAGUUCUACGGACAAAUCAAACAUCCCGUCGCCAAAAAAUCCAAUUCUAUCGCAGUCAAAUCCAAGUCCUGUAAAUGAUAUCAAUAUAACUUCGAUUAAAUUUUCUCCUCAAAAAAAGAAUAGAUCUUGCUGCAGCGAGAAAAUAGACCCACAUUUUACUUGCAAAUGGCAAAUUGGAGUCGAUGGCAUUACGGGAGAACCAAUCGCAUGCAAUAGAAUGCAUCUUUCUACCGGUGACUUGCAUACUCAUUUGGUAGACGACCAUAUUGGACUGGGUAAAUCGAAUUAUGCUUGUAAAUGGGUAGGUUGUGAUCGUCACAAUGGUAAAGGAUUCCGUCAACGACAAAAGCUUCUAAGACAUAUUCAUAUUCAUACGAAUUUCAAACCAUGUAAGUGCGACAUUUGUGGAUCUACCUUUGCAGUCGACUCAAUGUUGAAGCAGCAUUUGAGAAUUCAUUCCGGUGAGAAACCAUUCACAUGCUCUAUAUGCGGCAAAAACUUUGCGACUGGUUCAAGUUUAUCGAUCCAUAAUAGGAUACACACGGGUGAAAAGCCUCUAGUGUGCAAAUGGCCCGGAUGUGGAAAGAGAUUCAGCGAGAGCUCGAAUUUGACAAAGCAUAUGAAAAUACAUUUGAAAGCUUUCAACUGUGAAAUUUGUGGUGAGCAAUUUGAUAAGAAGACCAAUUAUACAAAGCAUAUGAAAUUACAUAAAAAAGAUGACUCUAUAGUUAAUGUAGCCUCUAUCAAGAGUGAGGUCCAUGUUUAA